UUGUGGCACCCCUGCCGCAUCCAUUUGUCUCACAACAGUAUUGAGUCUUGUUUACUUCCCCGUCGUUUAAUUUACCCGUUUUUCGCUCUUUACCGUCGAGUGUUCUCGCUUGUUUCUUGAUAGAAACUCGCGUGAAACAGCCAAGAUCAGAAAAUGGGAGACACAAGUGAUCUGGACCGUCAAAUUGAGCAGUUGAAGAAAUGUGAAAUCAUCACCGAAAACGAAGUCAAGGCUCUUUGCUCCAAAGCCCGCGAAAUUUUGGUUGAGGAGAGCAAUGUUCAGCGUGUGGAUGCACCAGUUACCGUCUGCGGUGACAUCCAUGGACAGUUCUAUGAUCUGAAGGAGCUGUUUAAGGUUGGGGGCGAUGUGCCUCUCACAAAUUAUUUGUUUAUGGGAGAUUUCGUCGAUCGAGGCUUCUAUAGCGUUGAAACCUUCCUCCUUCUUCUAGCACUAAAGGUAAGAUAUCCCGACCGAAUCACAUUGAUACGUGGAAACCACGAGUCAAGGCAAAUCACCCAAGUCUAUGGCUUCUAUGAUGAGUGUUUGAGAAAAUAUGGAAGCAUCACAGUCUGGCGUUAUUGCACUGAGAUCUUUGACUACCUGAGCCUCUCCGCCAUCAUUGAUGGAAAGAUCUUCUGUGUCCACGGUGGGCUCUCUCCAUCGAUACAAUCCCUUGAUCAGAUCCGAACCAUCGACCGGAAGCAGGAAGUUCCUCACGAUGGACCCAUGUGCGACCUGCUGUGGUCUGACCCUGAAGAUACUCAAGGCUGGGGCAUCAGCCCAAGAGGGGCAGGAUACCUCUUUGGAUCCGACGUGGUGGCUCAGUUCAAUGCCACUAAUGACAUCCAGAUGAUCUGCCGAGCCCACCAACUUGUUAUGGAAGGAUACAAGUGGCAUUUCAAUGAGACGGUGCUCACAGUUUGGUCUGCGCCUAACUAUUGCUACAGAUGUGGAAACGUUGCUGCAAUCCUGGAACUGAAUGAGAACCUUCAGAAAAAUUUCACCAUCUUUGAAGCUGCACCACAGGAGAGUCGAGGCAUUCCAUCAAAGAAACCUCAAGCCGAUUACUUUUUAUAAAAUCUUCCAUUGUGUCAAGGAUCGCAGAGAUACUUCGUCCUUUCAUUCGCGAAAAUUUCUAUGAUCCAUCAACAAAUUCUUUAUUUUUAACUACAAUAGAUGCGUACACAAUAUUAGUUUAAUUCCAUUCAUCUACAAAAAUAGUGAAUUUUCCUCUGACUGACACUACCGAAUAAAUUGAAAUUAUUUCAUGAUUC